UGAAUUUGUUUCUUUGUGAAUAUUACCGAGAUCCAAUAUUCUCCUUCUAUAAUAAUCACUUCAAUCUCUCUUCAACCUCCCUUCGACCUUCCCUCAUUCGACUUUCGAGACAACUUAGAUCUUCGACUCGGACGCAUGUACAGCUAAUAAGGGGAUAAGAAGCACUACAAGUUUGAACUUAAAUCGAACGCCAAUCGCGAUUUCUUCUGAACCUUUUUCGGCGCUUCUUCAAUUCAUUACUUGGACAAUUAAUAUCCUACCUGUUCCUUCGUCAAAAUCUCAUGUCCCUAUAAUUUAAUUAGCGCACUUUCCUCCCACCAUAGACAGAUUGUCAUGGAGUGGGGGGAGGGUGUAAAUAAGAUGGAAGCCAGGGAUACUACGCAUAAAUCGAGCGCGGAGUUCGCCAUAGACUUGGACGAUAGUUCCAACGGCAGAUUUACUAUUUCAACACGCCACUACCAUGCGCCUCCAACUAGAUCGGCGCCUAGUGCUCCAUACUACUUCUCUAAUGUCGCCUCUGAAGAGUCAGGUAGCAAUCGAUCGCUUUCCUCUCUUAUUGAAAGACCAAUUUGGGAUGGAUGGCAAAAAUACCCCCCACCCCCUGUCCCGCGAUUAGACCUGGACGAUGUUAAGAGAGCGCCUGGGAAAGGAUUACGCGACGUUGAGGAAUUUACGGACCAACAUAUUCAACGGUCUACUGCUCUCCGAGAAGUAAUGGAAGAGACCUGGUCCAUCGCAAAAGAAAUCGAGCAGGAGAGAAAGUCAAAUAAGGAUAAAGAGAAGAAUAGUGAUGAAAUUCCUCAAGAUGAAACUCCUCAAGAUGAUCGAGUACUCUUUGCCGAAAUACGGAGGAUGUAUUACUCAUUCACGAGUAUCGAGGGCUGCGAGAAUUAUGCUUCUAUUCGCCGCCACUAUUCAGAAUCUCUGAAACGUCGAAGCCAACAGCCACCACGAACACCUUCAACAGUCGAGCGCUUGCUUGGUUCAGAUGGAUCACUUCCCAAGGAUGAUAUACCCCGAAGCAGCCAAUUGUAUUUUCUUGGUUCACCGCCAAAGCUGUACAUUAUUCCUUUCGACAAAGCUACAGCUGCCGGCCUAGAAGAUGUUGACCCUUCAAACUCAACACACUCAUCUCUCCCGAGCGCACUCCAGGUAGAGGCGCCUCAAUCCGAACUAUGCCUGCCGGCCGCACCCUUCCUAUUUGGACCCUCCCGUAGUCAGCCUAAAAACGACAAUAUACCAGAUUGGUUCCCGCUCCUCAAAAUACCAGUGCAAGGAGAUGAUAUUGAGUCUCGAUGGACAAACUUUCUCGAGGCUUUUGGCACGGUGGAAAAAGGAAUAAGAUUGAAGGACGAUAAGCCAAAGUGGGACAAGAUGUGGCAUGAACCUCACCCCAAGUGGCAAUACGAAUUCCGCGUUAAAAAAGGCGGCUGGUGGAAGUGCCAAUCUGGACCUGAUGCUCCAAAGGUUGAGGCAGAAUGCCGUCUCUGUCAUAAAGCGACUAAGCAAUCGAAACAGCCGACCAAUCUGGAAGAACGCCGUAAGGAGAUAAUGGACGCUAUCAAUGAGGCGAUGAAAGAAGUUGCCGAACAAGACAAGGCUGCGGCCCUAGCGAUGCUACGUCAAGAAGAUCAACGAGAUAAGGCCUCUGAGUAUAAGCUAUGGGUGGAGGAACAGCAGGAGAACAGAAAGAAAAUGCCCGAAAAGACAGCUUAUCACCGGACGCAAAGUUACACUUUACUUCGAGGUUAUGAAGAGCCAUCCCACCAGGUUUCCCCUUAAUGAUUUCGACAAGCUCGCAUAAGCUGGUUUAUCCAUCGGCGGAGGCGUUUAUUGGUGGUUAGGAUUAGUAGCAUUGGCACGACUCUGGCGGAUAUUUUGCUUUAGGGAGAUUUGCAAGAUUCACGAUAGGAAU